AUGUCUAUUCAUCGACACCUUUACUCUGGUCUUAGACAUGAGUUCUCGGAUGUAAAACAACUCAUUGCCGUAUACCCUAUGAAGGUAAAAUCCCAAUUAAUUAUUUUGUUGGCCGCUAUCAUAGCCGGUGCUUACGGGACAGUCACCUAUCGGGUGCUGCAAAGUACCACCGACUCGACCACCGCUGCCAUCGAUAUCGUCAACGAGAAGUACAAAUGGGAAAUAGGGCUCACAUUUGAUAAAACUAUUGAUUUAACAAUUGUGAAGGGAGGUGCCAGUAUCUAUUUUGCCAGUCUCGAUGGAAAGGCGUAUACAUUGAGUGGUAACCCAAUACAGCCGGGUACUAACCGGUCGAUACAAUUUCGAGAUACCUAUUCCCUGGCUGUACCCCAACCGCCCCCUCAACUCAUUAGUUCAUUUUAUAUAUCAUUUUGUGUUCAAAUUUUGUUCACAAAACUGAUGGACAAAACAGAGAGCAAAGGGUCGGCCAAUGGUCUGAAAAGUUUGCAAACUCUGAGAGACUGUAAAACUGUGGCCGAAGUAGACUUCAGUCGACUGGAGAUCAUUAGAGGGGAAACGCCUCCCGAUAUCAGCGACCGGUGCCUACAGUUGUGUAAAGACUAUUUGGCGGACAUCUGGUGCGAGCAGACGAUCGACUCGAUUCUGGUUAACCGACUGACCGGUGGUCUCACGAAUCAGUUGUAUUACUGCGCUAUCCGUGACCCCAAUGUCCGGCCAUCGCAUGGAGUUCCUCGUGAAGUAGCUGUAAGGCUAUACGGAAGCAAAUACGUGGAUAUCGAUGGCAGUGGUGGUCGUAAUGAGAGACUACCGGAUAUCAUCGUAGCAUUACUGGCCUCCCGGUGUCGAUUGGGACCCAAAAUAUACGGACUGUUCACUGGAGGAGAGAUUCUGGCGUUUUAUAAACACCGACCGUUUCAUGUGUCUGAGCAAAGGGACUCGAAACUAGUGGAACAGGUGUUCAAAGGGUUAUCUCAGUGGCACGCCAUGGAUGUGCCGGUUAAGCGCCGGCACUGGUUGUCCGAAAUGUUUGACCACUUCUACGAUAUGUGCGAACAAAAUAUUCCGUUCAAAGAAUUAGCGCAAGAAUUGAAUUGCGAGACAUUCGUGAGGUAUGACCUGAAAGGGGAAAAGGAGUUCAUCAAAGACUUGAUUACGAGGACCGACAGUCCGAUGGUAUUCACGCACAACGACUUCCGCAGCAGUAAUAUACUGAUUGUGGAGGACAGGGAUGAGUCGGAAGCGCAGGUAGUUUUCUGCGACUUUGACGGCUCAGGGUAUGGCUAUAGGGGACAGGACUUCGGCUCCAUUAUGUUCGAGUGGGGCCGCACGUGGGACUCAAUGCAGGAUUUACAUACCUUUCCCGACGACACCACUAUUAUACUGAUUAUUGAGUGCUAUAAUCGAGAAUCGGAGCGAAUCUAUGGCACAGAAUAUUCCGCAAAUCCACGCAAUUCUGUGAAGCAAAUGCUGAUUGAAAAUUGA